AUGACGACACAGUUCGACAACAUCUAUCAUGACUUGGAGCCACAGCUAGGCAAAUUUCGUAUGGCUGCGAGUGGUAUGGCGUGGAUGAACAACGAGACGAGAGAAGUCGUAUCCGUACCCGCAGCUGAAAUAAAAUGGGCUUCAUGGAUGCGUGUUGCCCGAAAUUUCCGUCUUCGUAUUGGCUUGAAGGAGAAGGGUAGACGCGAAAACUUCGAUGGGUUCAUGCGUGACGACCAUGACAAAUUAACGGGCCUUAUGAAACAACAUUACGGGAUCAUCCUGGAGAAUAAGGAGAUUUCGUUCAAAGGUUGGAAUUGGGGAGCGACAGAUUUCCAAGGCCAAGAUCUAGCGUUCCUAGUAUCCAACAAGACAGCCUUCGAGUUACCGCUGCAGAAAGUUGCAAAUUCGAAUAUUGCCGGGCGAACGGAGGUCUCGCUAGAGUUUGCCACGUCUGCAGGGCGCCCAAGUAGAGGUGCAGGUGAUGAACUGGUGGAGAUCCGGUUCUAUGUACCUGGUACCCAGAUAAAGGAUAUUGGGUCAGAUGCUGGAGAAGAACAGGUAGAAGAUGAAGAGGAGACAAGCGCGGCACAGGCGUUCCAUGAUGCAGUUAAAGAGAAGGCAGAGCUCGGAGAAGUUACGGGCAACGUUAUCGUCAACUUUGAGGAAGUGUUGGUUUUGACUCCUCGUGGCCGAUACGAUGUGGAUAUGUUCCCUGAGUUCUUGCGCCUUCGUGGAAAGACGUACGACUACAAGAUAAACUACGACGGGAUUUCGAAACUCUUCCUCUUGCCAAAAGAUGAUCAACAUGUGUUGUUCAUUCUAAGCCUAGUCAAUCCGAUUCGUCAAGGUCAAACUCGAUACCACUUCCUGGUCAUGCAGUUCGACCGAGAGGAAGAGAUCAGAGCUGAACUCAACAUUGAAGAGUUUGUAGAACUUGCAAAAUACGAAAAACUACAAAAGCACUAUGAAGCUUCGUCAUUCGAAGUCAUCUCGAGUAUAUUCCGUGCACUUUCCAAGAACAAGAUUAUUGGAUCUGGUAGCUUCUCAAGUCGAACGGGACAUCCUGGAAUCAAGGCAAACCUUAAAGCUGUUCAAGGAGACCUUUUCAUACUCGAGAAAUACCUAUUCUUCGUUGCUAAGGCACCUCUUCUCAUCGAGCUCUCUGAUAUUCACCAAGUGAAUUUCUCUCGUGUUGGCGGACCCAUGGCAACCUCACGUACCUUCGAUCUCGUCGUGGUAACUAAAUCCGGACCAGAACAUACAUUCUCGAGUCUCAACAAGGAAGAACACGAAGGUAUCGAGGGUUACCUCAAGGGCAAGAAGUUACGGGUUAAGAACACAAUGGCGGAAGACCUUGCACCGCCUGUGCUUGAUGAUGAUGACGAAGAUGAGGAGAUGCAGAGUGUUGUUAGUAGUGGAGAGGAGGUGCCUCGGCCGCGGAUUGGGGGUGAGGACGAUGAUAGCGAAGAGGACGAGGACUUCCAUGCAUCAGACUCAGACUCCGGCUCCCCGACCUCCGACUCUGACUCCGACUCAGAGGGCGCAGCGUCGGUCUCAGAUGCAAGUGGUGAUCGCGACAUCGCACGAACGACUAAGAAUAAGAAAAAGAAAAAGGCGGCAGGUGACAAGGAGAAGCCAAAGAAGAAAGCUAAGGCAAAGGCUAAGGCUAAGAGUGAUGAGGAGGAUGGGGAUGCUGCUGCAAUGAGUGUAGAUGAAGAUGAACCCAAGGCGAAGCCGCAGCCGAAACCGAGACCCAAGGCGAAGACGGUAGAUGGGGAGGAUGGGCCGGCGAAAAAGAAACAGAAGAAGGAUUGA